AUGCUGAAAAACAGCUCGAAAAGAAAGAGUAUUUAUAAAGAAUUUCCAAUUUAAUAAAUUUACAAUACAAAUGUUAAUAGUGGAAAUAAGAGUAAUAAUAAGUAAAUGUCUCUUUCUUCUACAAAUUAGAGCUCAUCGCAUGGCGGAUCUACAAGUACAUCAUCUUAAUAGCAUCUAGAUUAAUAAUAGGUCUAGAGUAAUCAGAAAUUGUCAAUAUUUGCUAGAUUAAUUCCUGAAGAUUUGAUAGCUUAGAAGUAAGAAUAUAAAGAAGGAAUCAGAUAAGAGAAAUGUAUUUUUAAGUUAAAUAAGCAUGAAAUUUAAAUUAUCCAACCAGAUGAAAAAAGAAUACUUGAAGAAAUUGAUGCCUUCUAAAAAAGAGAACGGAUUUAGCAUUCUCCUCCAAAGUUUUAUAUAGGAUAAUAAAAAGAAGAAAUCAAUCAAAGGUCAAUCUCUCCUAUUGGAUAAUAACAAAAUGCAAAUUAUGUUAAUAAAACUGUUAGGAAUGAAGGAAAUGCUGUAGCGUAAGAAGAUUUAGAUUUAAACUAAAGAAGAAACAAUUUUCAAGAAAUUACUCCUGAAAAGGAUAGGAAUAAACAUAUUAAGCCUUUUCAAUCUCCUAUUAGUAAAAUCAGCUACUUUGAGAAUAGUAAUAAUGAUAGUAGACCUAAUACAUUUACUUUUGACUAAAUAUUUGAUGAAUCCGUCAAUGACGAGGAGUUUUUUAAUAGUAUAAAGUAGAUGUAUCUGAGUUGUAUUAGGAGUAGUAAAAAUCUAAUAAUUCUAAAUCUAAAUAGAAGUUUAAUAAAUAGUCAAACUUUUUUCAAAGAAUUCAUCAACGGAUUAAUAAAUUUAUCAAAAUUACAAGGAUUUUAAUAUAUUUCAAGCGAAAAAUCUCAGUUUUUCUUGCAGUCAUAUGAAAUUCUCCAUCCCCCAAACGAAAAAUAUUUAUUAUUAGAUUUAUAGCCCAUUAACUAAUAGAAUCCAGAUGAUAUUAUAAAAGAAAUGCGUUUAAAAUAGUCUUAGAUUCCCCGUAAAUAAACUUAAUCUUGCACAGUCUUCAAUUUUUAACUUUUUGAUGAUAACAAACUUAUAAAUGAAAUAGUUAUAAUCGAUAUGUAGUCAUUUUUAGAUAAAAAGCAAUCAUAGAACUCAAACCAAAAUUAAAAUUCAUAUUAAUAAAAUUACAAUUCUUACUGUAAGGAUUUAAUAAACUUGCUAAAUUUAUAGUAGACUGGUAAAGUGAAUAGUUCUGAUCCAUUUUUGUAAAUACUUCUGUAAAAAUUCAAACUAAGCGAUGAGCUUAUAAUAUUAGCUAACUUUAAAGUUAUUCAACCAUAUAUAACAACUAAUUACUAUUUAUUACUUCUUUCAUAAAUUCUUUAUAAAUAAAAGAUAUAUUUUAAUAGUAUUUUCGUUAAUUUCUGCUAGAUACAAAAUCAAUAUAUACAUCAUUUUUUAGGAAGAGAUUUAACUUAUGACACCUAGUAAUUAUCAAUGAAAGAAGAGAAUUAAAUACUUUCUUAAAAAAAUCACAUGAUUAAAGAGUAAGUUAGGAUUAUAACAGCUGAUUUAAUUCAUCAUCAGGAAUAAUUAAGCAAAUUAUAAAAAGAAAAUAGUAUGUACUUAAGUGAUAUAAGAGAUUUAAAGAGAAUAAUAGUAGAUUAAGACAAUCAGCUAAUGGCAUACAAAAAAAAAAUUUCAGAUCAAACCAGCAAAAUUGAUGGUAUGAAAAAAAAUUUUGGAAUAUUAGACAACUUCGAUAAAAGCAUGGUAAUUGACAGUAAAAAUAAAUCUUUUAACAAGAUACUCAGCAAUAUCUACAGCUCCAAAAAAUCAUUUCAUGAAAUAGAAACUUAAGAUCAAGAAACUCAAACAGAUUUUAUCUCAAAUAAUUUAGAGAGAGAUGUUUCAAAUAAUCUUAAAAAGAGUUUGUAGGAUGAAAGAAUAAGUUAGUAAAAUAAAAAUAUUCAAAAUUAUUAUCAAAACCAGUAAGAAUAAAAUUUUUGCAAAAAUUGCAAGUAAAAUUUAGAUGUUAAUUAAACAGACUCAAAUAUUAACAACCAAAUGAAUUAUAAAUCAUUUAAUGCAUUGCAAGAUAUUGCUAGCUCUGAUUUUGAAAAUUACCCCUUUCUGUUUAAUGAAGAUGACAAAAAUGAUAUUAUAACACCUAAUAGAUUCUUGUAAAAUUUAGACGACAUUCUUUUAAAUUUAGAUUCUAAACGAUCAACUUAUUUUAGCCCUAGGAAUCUUAGCUUAGCAAACUUAGCUUUGAUAGAGAACGAAGGAUAUAAAUAAAAAUUACUAAUUAAAGAUCAAGAAAUAGAGAAACUUUAAUUUAAACUUAAGGAAAUAAAUAGCAGCCUAUAAUAAAAAGACAGCUAAUUUAAGUUUAAAGAUCAGGAAAGGCUAGUUCAUUUAAAAUAGAUUGAAAAACUAAUUACACUGUUUGAAAAAAAACUAAUAGGCUGCGAUUAAAUAAUAGCAGAUAUAGUUGAAUAUUAUGAAAAUGAGCUUUUAGAAUUUAAAAAGAUAAUUCAGUUUGGCUUUUAAGCAUACACAAAUGAAAUAAAAGAGCUUUAAAAAGAUAUUCAUGUAAUUAACCAAGAGAAACAAAAAUGGGGUUAAGUUUUUGCCAAAAAAACAGAAGAAAUAUACAAGUAAAUGAGCAGCAAAAUUUAGUAGAAAAAUGAAAAAAUUAAAUAAUACGAGGAAGUGCUGUAAAAAUUUGGUUAGAUAGGUAGUUAUAAGUGA